UCUAUAUCCUCUUUUCUACGCAAUCAAUCGGACAGUCUCUUUGGUUAUUAAUCAUGCGACGUGGCACUCCGUAUCUUCUCCGGGGUUUCUCGAGUAUCUCGUCCGCCCACGAUUUCCCGCAGCGCGGACGCCGUCCAAACCUCACUUCAAGUGAAAAUUGGUUGAUGGUGCCAGUUCUCACACGGUCUGGUUGAAACGUUUACCGUGGUCACGUUAAGCGACGGCGGAAAUAGGACUUUGAGCCAGGUGCUUCGGAUAACAGACUCAAGGCACUCAUAUAUACAGCACCCCAUCUUCGUCUAUAGCCCCAGCAACUCAUUUUAAACAGAUAUAAACAGAUCUUCGAGAUUACUUUUACCAUUCUUCCUAACUUGAGACCGUAGAACAAGAAAGUAACAUGCCUAAAACGCUUAUCACACCUUUCAUUUAUCACCCAGACGCUCCUUCUUCACAGCCUAACCCUUCCCUUUCUAACCCCAGUUUCCCGGAGGCCAAGCCACCCAGGCGGUCGAUCUUCUGCAUACCUACUGCAUCCUUCAAUCCGUUUAAGCGUUUUCGUACGCACAAAGAUCUUCCACGCCGCCCAUAUCAGCCAUCUGAAGUCAUCCAGUCUUAUGAUGGAUUCUGCAAUAUAUCUUCUUCAAAGACCAGAAUAGCAAGUGACAUGUGGUGUGAUGUCUCCUGCAUGGCCGACAGAUACUCCAUCAGGUCCAUUAGCGCUUCCCAAAUAUCGACUGCCGGUGGUGAUGAGGACGUUACGAAAGAUGAGUCGGAAGAUGCCAACGUUCCUAAUUCGGUUGCUAUCGACUUUAGGGAGGGGAAUACGCCUGUGCCGGCUCGCCAAGCAAACGGAAAGGAGAUGGGAAAUUCCAUGGCCACUUCCGAAAUCGUUUUCCAGGACAAGCAGGCCAAAGACGCGAUGUGGGUGGAGGUGCUUCCAAAUUCCUCCCCUAUAUGCGAUGAGCCAACUCUCAAAGCAACUAAACGCGAUACUGUCUGCUUAGACUUACUGGACAAAGGUCAACAAAUCGUGCUUUCUGCAUUUUCAGAGUUCUCCCCCUCCGAGUCGAUUAAGCGUGCUCGCACCUCGCUCAGGGAUAUCAGUCCAUCACGGCCGGCCUAUUCUUGGAACAACAAGAGAAAAUCGAGGAAAUUGACUCGCUCAAACGCUAUCAGAAGAUACAAGCGAUAGACUCGUAAGAUUGGACAUUUUAUAUAAGCUUGGACAUUCAUACAUAGUGUUGUAUAUGUAAUUAUUUAAUAUAUGGUACCUGUAUUAUCUAACAAGACUCUACUUUCUUUCUUGACAUGUCAUUCGAUCUAUAUUGUGAAGUCGCUCGUUCUCGCUGGAAUUUAUAAUAUGCCACCGUCGGAU